AUGGAAGAUAGAUGUGUUCCAUUAAGAUAUUUGGACGAAAAAACUGUCGAAUGGUAUACAAAGGUGAUCCUAUUGACUAAAGGGAUUCUUGUCAAUUCCAAAGGAAAAGCAGGCUCCUUAACGCUUUCUCUUGCUGAUAAAGAGAAAACUGUUAUGCAAGCUGUCAUCUACACAAAGGACCUGAAUUUCCUUGAACAAAAGCUUCAGCUUUACGAAACUUACUAUAUUGGGAAUGCCUUUAUAACCAAAAUAGAAGAUCCUAAGUACCAAUAUGGAUCUGUACCCUUUCAAAUGACAUUGACAAGGAAAAGUUUUAUUGAAAAAGUUGAAAGAACCAAGAGCUACCAUCUAGAUGAGUGCCUACCAAUAACUCCUUUUUGGGAAAUAGAUGUUGAUCCAGACAAAGAGAAUGAAAAUCUGAGUAGUAUACUUCAUCUCCUUUGUGUCCUCCAUAUGCUUCCUCCCAGAACAGUCAAUGCGCAAAAUGGAGCAACAAUUGUGCAAGACUUUGUGAUCAUUAACAAUGAGAUUGUUGAAAACAAAGACUGUGCUGAAAAUGUCAUCAAGGAGAAACUUUAUGAGAAACAGAAGCAAGAGGUUCGAGUACCAAAAGAAAAACAUAUCCGUCAAAUCAAUCAAGUCCUUAACAUACAACACACGGUGAAAAAUUGUUGGGUCAAAGCUACAGCAACCAUAAAAGACAACCAACGUCUAUACACAGCGAUUUGUCCGAAUUGUGACAAUCCAUCUGGUGCACCAAUGGGCAUAAUUUCUACUUGCAACUAUUGUGGUACCUCUGGAAAAGCACCAAAACCAGGCUUAAAAUUUGUCAUCAACUUGGCUGACAUCACUGGUACUCUACAAGCUGUUAUCCAAAAUGAAUAUAUUGAAAAAUUGUUACGAUGCAGUGCUGAUGAAGUUUAUCAUAACCAUCUAGCGGGAAAACCCGUGGAUUUGCGACAAGUGAAUACAACAUUGCAAAGUCAAGUUCUGUAUGCCAGGCUGAGAAUUUUUAAAAUAAAAGAAUCAGCUUUUGGUUUUGAACUUACAGCAUUCACUCCAGACCAAAAAACCUGUGAUAUGAUGAUUGGAGAUACACCAACAAAAGCUGUCACUACUCCAGCUACUUACCCAGCAAUCACAAGCUCACCAAGUCAACAAGGAAGUACUACAAAAUCACAAACUUAUGUUGACACUCCCACCUCAGUGGCAGAAGAUUCAGAAUAUGUUUCAGUACAAGAUGCAGAAAAGAAAGGUACUGCAGUCAAAAGAACUCUAACUCAUGAUAUUGAACGGGCAUCCAAAAAAACAAGAUUCCCUCCUUCUGAUCAACAGUAA